GACAGCCCCGCGUUGCAUGCCGGGAUACAUGUCCCUCUUGUUUACAAGAUGGUAGCAGAGGAGAUUUCUUUGAGUUAAAAAGAACCCCACAAAUUUGUCACCCCGUUAACCCGUCGGUGCCCCGCGAGCCCGGUCCGGACCGCGUGUCGGUGAGCCCGUGUCGGCGGUUAGAACCCGGAAACACGCGCACUCGAGAGGCCCCGCACGCGACUCCGACGGAACCGCAGGUUUGAUUCUGCACUGUCACCGAGGGACAGACGGACACUGCGCGCCCGGUACCCCGGAUCUAACCUCAGAGGACUGUCCAUUGGGUCUGCAGGAGUUUUCCUGAAUCCAGCCGAAUGAACAGAGCGGCUGCAAAGCAUCUAAUCGAGCGCUACUUUCAGCAGUUAACUGACGGCUGUGGAAAUGGCGACUGCACGAAUGAGUUUUGCGCAUCGUGUCGUCACUUUCGACCCUUGGAUAAAAAUUUGGCGGCGGCCAAAGCGCUCGAGCUGUUUAAGAUUAACGCCAAACUCUGCAAUCCCCAACCCUCCAACGAAGACGAUCCGGACGACAAGAUGAGCGAGACGGACGCCAGUACGACCACGGAGGACUUCUCGGAUGUUCAUUACCUCACGGAGAACACAGUCUGCGCCAUCCUGAGUUUCUGCGAGGAGCAAGGUGAUUACUCCGCGCUCAUCCGCGUCGUCGGCAGGAUUUUCUCCAGUUCUGAGGCCUUGACGAAGAGCUUCAGGAAGGAUGAACCCACCGCUACGGAAACCCCUGACUCCUCUGAACCAACAGACGUGGACCAGCAGGAGAAGCAAAGUUCGGAGACAACGGGGGCGUCCUCCGCCGCGCCGGACGAGGGUCUGGAGGAAAUGCUGGACCCUUGCGAGGUGACGGUGGACAUUGCCGCCCUGAGGAGGGUCUACGACCGACUCCUGAGCCUCGACCAGGUGGAGUCCGCUCUCGUGAACGCGCUCGUUUACCUCACCCCGAAUAUGGAGCUCGACCUGGAGUACCUCGACGUGUACGAGACGAGCCCCGACUACCUGAACAUCUUCAUCAUCGUGUUGGAGAACAGUAACCUCCACAGCCCCGAGUACCUGGAAACGGCUCUGCCGCAGUUCUGCAAGGCCAUGAGCAAACUCCCGGUGGCGGCGCUCGCCAGGCUGUCGAGGCUCUGGUCCCGGUACGGACUGGCGCACAUCCGCCGAAUGACGGAGACCUUCCAGCAGCUCAUCACCUUCACGGUCGUCAGCAACGAUUACGACGGCGAGAACCUGGUGAACGACGACGCCGCCGUGGUGGCCGCCACGCAGUGCCUGAAGGUCGCCUUCUACGCGAGCAUCCUGGGGGGCGACGUGGACGUGGAGCACAACGAAGACGAGGAGGAGGAAGACGGCGAGUCGGACGAGCUCUCCCUCCACGAGCUGCUGGGAGAAGAGCGGCUGUACAAGAAAGGUCCGCCGGCCGACCCGCUGGAGAGCGAGCUGGGGGUCCGACCCGUGGACAGCAUCAGGCCCCUCAUCCCCUACGAGGACUUUGUCAACGAGUCGCUGAACGAAGUGGUGGAGAUGGACAAGGACUUCACCUUCUUCAAGGUCAACGCCGAAACCAAGUUUUCCUUCCAGAGCUGCCCCUUCAUCCUCAGCGUCAUCACCAAGAACCAGGGGCUGUACUACGACAACCGGAUCCGGAUGUACAGCGAGCGCCGCCUCACGGCCCUCUACAGCAUGGUCCAGGGCCAGCAGCCCAACCCCUACCUCAAGCUCAAGGUCCGCCGGGACCACAUCAUCGACGACGCCCUCGUCAGACUGGAGAUGAUCUCCAUGGAGAACCCCUCCGACCUGAAGAAGCAGCUGUUCGUGGAGUUCGAGGGGGAGCAAGGUGUAGACGAGGGAGGGGUGUCGAAGGAGUUCUUUCAGUUGGUCCUGGAGGAAAUCUUCAAUCCCGACAUUGGAAUGUUCAGCUACGACGACGACACCAAACUCUUCUGGUUCAACUCGUCCUCUCUGGAGAACGAGGCCCAGUACACUCUGGUCGGACUCGUCCUGGGACUCGCCAUCUACAACAACUGCAUCCUGGACGUUCAUUUCCCCAUGGUGGUCUACAGGAAACUCAUGGGAAAGAAGGGCACCUACCUGGACCUGCCAGACUGCCAUCCAAGUCUCUUCCAGAGCCUGAAGAAGCUGCUGGAAUAUGGCGGCAACGUGGAGGAAGACAUGAUGCUCACCUACCAGAUUUCCCACACAGACCUGUUUGGCAACCCGAUGCUGCACGACCUGAAGGAGGAGGGCGACCAGAUCCCCGUCACCGCGGACAACCGGCAGGAGUUUGUGGACACGUAUGCUGACUACGUCCUGAACAAGAGCGUCGAGAGACAAUUCAAGGCCUUUAGGAAAGGCUUCCUGAUGGUCACCAAAGAGUCUCCUCUCAAGUAUUUGUUCAGACCGGAGGAAGUCGAGAUGCUGAUCUGCGGCAGCAGGAAACUCGACUUCGAAGCUCUUGAAAAGACGACGGAAUACGACGGAGGUUACAGCAAAGACAGUCAGAUCGUCAAAGACUUCUGGGAAACGAUCCACUCGUUCGGGGAGGAGCAGAAGAGGUUGUUUCUGCAGUUCACCACCGGCACGGACAGAGCGCCCGUCGGAGGGCUCGGCAAGUUGAAAAUGAUCAUCGCCAAGAACGGCUCCGACACGGACAGGCUCCCGACGUCUCACACCUGCUUCAACGCGCUGCUGCUCCCCGAAUACUCCUCCAAGGACAAACUGAGGGAGAGACUCCUGAAGGCCAUCACCUACGCCAAAGGCUUCGGGAUGCUUUGAUCCGCGAGGGAGGAAGCUUUUCCAACUACGUUUUUACAAAUGAAAUUUAAAAAAAAAAAAAGGGAGUAUCAUAAAAAAAAGAGGGGGAAACAGCGCUGUGCCUCACCACGCUGCACCGGUCAGACCACAACGCAACAUUAGCUUUCCCAAAGAGUUCAAACCGGCACUUGAAUUGUAUUUUCUUUUGUGUUGUGUUUCUUAACGAGUUAUUUGAUUGGUGAAAACUGUGAAAGUGCACUUACACACAGGAUUUUAAGCGACGUGCGGUUUAUUUAUUGGCAUUCUCUUGUGUUUUGGGGAGCUCUCGUGUAGCAGCAUCCAGCGCUCUCCUCCCUCAGCCGGGAGUGGACUUUCCAUAAUGGUGCUCCUUGUAUGUAGUAUAAUAUUUUGUAUUGCCGCUAACACAAAUAGCCUCACUGACGAGCUCUUAUUUGAUCCGUUUCCUGUCAGCGUGAGAGCAAACUCUCCGCUCGCCCUCUGGUUAUUUCAAAGUAUUUCUGUGCACUACAUGCAACGUGAGUACUGUGUGUGUUGUGACACCCUGAGCGGGUUUGUGUGGUUUCUGACGGCUCCGCUCAGACUUUCACAUCCUGUCUCUCAUCCCCCGUUUGGUUUGCUUUUUUAAAGUGUUUCUGAUUGCACAUUUGUAAGUGCAGUUGCCAAAAUUGUGCAAUGCCCAUAUACAGUAUACAUAAAGAAAAGAGUCACAUGAAGUGUUUUAUUCGGCCAAAUAUCUCAGGUACAUAAAGAAUGUGCAGAUAAUGUGAAACUCUUGUAAAGUGACGGUUAUGCAAAUAAAUAAUGGUGAAAUAAUUCAA